AUGGGUAAUCUUAUGGAGCCAUCAUCAGCUUCAGUUUAUGAUGGGAAUCUGGCAUCGGAUCGAGUAGUUAUCCAUGUCACUUCACAUCAGAGAAUUGAUCAACAAAUACUGGUAAAAUGGAGGACAAAAACAUUCAUUGCUAGAAUCGUGGAGGAUCAAGAAGAAUGGAUACCGCAAUUCCUUACACAAGCGGCCAACUUUUGCGGUGAAAAUGUGUCACGUGGAAGUCCAAAAGGUUCCUUAGGUAGCGGCACAACUCUAAGAUUUUGGAUAGAUACGUGGCUUGAAGACAAACCCUUCUACCUACUGUUCCCAGAUUUGUUCAAGCUUGAGAGUUAUAAAGGGUGUCUUGUCAAAGAUCGUUGCACUGGUGGAGGAGAGUUCUCACAAUGGGAAUGGUCCUGGAUUCGUCCUCCAUCAACCCCAAUGGAAAUACAACAACUUUUAACAAUGCUCACCAAAAUUCAAAACGUCACCCUCUCAAAUCAGGAUGACUCUUGGAGAUGGAAUGCAGACUCGUCUUCUUGCUUCACAGUGAAAUCAAUGCGAAUUCGAUUGCAAAAUGCUUCAUAUGGCCCUACACAUUGGGUGUUCCCAUGGAACAAGUUUGCUCCCCACAAAGUCAAUGUGCUUGGAUGGCGAAUAAAGAUGAAUCGGAUCGCAACGGCAGACCAACUAGCAAAGAGAAACAUUUCAACCACGUUGUCCUUAUGUCCGAUCUGCAAAGCACAAAAUGAAACCGCGGAGCACCUUUUUCUCUUAUGCCCAUUCGUAGACUAUCUAUGGAGCUUCAUUCUUUCAUGGUGCCGGGUGUCUACUCAGAAACCUUGUAAUCUCAAAGACUUAAUGGAGGUGCAUCAAAAAGCCAACCUCAACCAUUGGACUCAAAAGCUCUUCCAACAUGUAAUUUUGUCCUACAUAUGGGUGAUUUGGAAAACUAGAAAUGAUUCUAUCUUCUUAACGAAAAACCCUUCUCUACGACGUGCUAUUAAAGAUCUUAAAGGAACAAGUUUCUUUUGGCUUGCAACCCGCUCGAAUAUCCCCGAUCUUAACUGGGAAAAAUGGCGCACCUUUAGUUUCUAA